AGGAGAUGGUCAUGGACGAAUUGCUCUUCAUAGAUAAUAAUUUCAUUAAUAAUAAAAACAUUUUACAAUUGUUUUUGGCGCUAAAGAAAAUCAGUCAGAACUCAGAAUUCAAAGGGCAAAGUUAAAGAUCCGGACUCUGGAUAAACCCUAAUCGCCACAGUGCUUCACCGGCAAUCCCAUUUUCUUCCACCUCCUUCAAACCAGCACUCCAGAGUCUAUAGCUUCAUCAAAUUAUCUGACUUGGUUGCCGUUAAUUAUCAUUAUUCACAAUUUAUUUUAAUGGAGGAGCAGUCUAUGAAGCUGGUGAUACUUUAUGCAACUGAAACUGGAAACGCUCUGGACGCGGCGGAGCGUAUUGGCCGUGAAGCGGAGCGCAGAGGCUGCCCUGUCAUUCUUUGUUCUAUGGAUCAGUUUGAUCCUUGUAAUUUACCUCAUGAAGACGCUGUAAUCUUUGUUGUUUCUACUACAGGCCAGGGAGACACACCAGAUUCCAUGAAGGGUUUUUGGAGGUUUUUAUUGAGGAAAAAUCUGUCUAAGCAAUGGCUGGAAGGAGUUCAUUAUGCUGUUUUUGGAUUGGGUGAUUCUGGUUACCAGAAAUUUAAUUUUGUGGCAAAGAAGCUUGAUAGAAGACUUUUGGAUCUUGGGGCGAUGGCUAUUGUUGAAAGAGGUUUGGGAGAUGACCAGCACCCUUCAGGAUAUGAAGGUGCAUUGGAUAUUUGGAUGUCAUCCUUGUGGAGUGCACUGUGCCACAUUAAUCCAAAGUUUCUCCCAAAAGGUUCAGAUUAUGCAGCUCAAGAACAAAUGUUGAUUGAUCAACCAAAAUACCAAAUAACAUAUCAUGAAACUGACAACAUGGACUCACAGCUAUCUACUGCCGCAGAUCCAAAAUAUGUUCAGAUGCAAAUUGAGAGAGCUUGUUCUAUGUCACCUGGAAAAUUUGCUCAUGCUAAGGACAAACCUGAUUGCUUUCUUAAAAUGGUCAAGAAUCAAUCGUUGACUAAAGCAGGCUGUGGAAAAGAUGUGCGCCAUUUUGAAUUUGAAUCUGUUUCAUGUGGAAUCAAUUACGAAGUUGGUGAUGUACUUGAACUUCUCCCUGGUCAAGAUCCUGCUGCAGUGGAUUCUUUUGUACGGCGCUGUAAUUUGGACCCUGAAUCACUCAUCACCGUGCACCCUAGAGUGACAGAGAGUGCUCAAUGUCAUGCCCCUAAUGUUCCCAUCAGGCUAAAAUCUUUUGUCGAAUUGACAAUGGAUAUUGCGUCAGCUUCUCCUAGACGCUAUUUCUUUGAGGUCAUGAGCUUUUUUGCAACAACUCAACAUGAAAAGGAGAGACUGCAAUAUUUUUCAUCACCUGAAGGAAGAGAUGAUCUGUAUCAAUACAACCAAAAGGAACGAAGAACUGUGCUGGAGGUACUAGAGGAUUUCCCUUCCGUGCAAAUGCCUUUUGAGUGGCUUGUGCAGUUGGUUCCUCCAUUGAAAACAAGGCUUUUCUCCAUUUCUUCUUCUCCUUCAGCACAUCCAAAUCAAGUGCAUUUGACAGUGAAUGUAGUUUCUUGGACGACACCUUUUAAACGGAAGCGAGCUGGACUCUGCUCCACAUGGCUUGCCAAACUCAAUCCACAACAAAGUGUGUCUAUUCCAGCAUGGUUUCGGAAAGGUUCUCUUCCCCCUCCACCACCGUCGCUUCCCCUUAUUAUUGUUGGACCCGGAACAGGAUGUGCACCUUUUCGCGGAUUUGUAGAGGAAAGGGCAAUGCAAGACCUGUCUGGUGGAGCUGCUCCAAUUAUGUUCUUCUUUGGUUGCCGAAAUGAGGAGAACGACUUCCUUUAUAGAGAUUUAUGGUUGACUCAUGCACUAGAUGGUGGAUUGCUCUCUGAAGGAAGGGGUGGAGGUUUUUACGUUGCCUUUUCGAGAGAUCAGCCACAAAAGGUUUAUGUGCAGCAUAAAAUUCGCAAACAUAGCAAAAGGAUUUGGGAAUUUGUUUUAGAGGGAGCUUCUAUCUAUGUUGCGGGAUCUUCAACCAAAAUGCCGUCAGAUGUAAUGUCUGCUUUUGAGGAAAUUAUAUCUGAAGAAGGUGGGGUUUCCAAGGAAACUGCUGCAACUCUUCUUAGAAAGUUGGAAAAGGAUGGUAAAUACCAUGUUGAAGCAUGGUCUUGAGUGUAAAUUAAAAAAUUGAUGCCCAGCAUUUCCGACGAUAUUAGAUUUACAUACAGGAGAUUGAUCGAUCACUGUGGAAGCAUCUGAAGCAGUAAUGAUAAUAUUAUAGAAUCAGAAAAACGAUCUUAUUUUAUGAGUACAUUGUAAUGCCUUGUUACUUGUUAGUUGUUUGGGAUGAUGUAGGCGGCAAUGUUAACUUUUGUACUUUUAGAACAACAUUGAGAUGAUGGAAUUUGGAGUUUCAGAAUCUUAAUUCUUUCAGGAUAUUAUUAGAGUUGGAAUGAAGGGCACACAAAUUCUGCAAUUAUAUUUGUACUACUAUGAUUUCUAGUUUUAAAUGUUCUUCAUGACUCCCA